GAGAUUAACUAUAUUAAUACAUAUUUUCCUUCUAAGUCAAAUAUUUAUAAUCUUAAUUUGAGUAAUUUGUCUGAAGGUACUAAUUCUACUCAGGCAAAGCUUCUUUCUACUUAUCAGAAUAUCAUUAAAGAUUCGAAGGAUAUUUCUGAGAUUGAAGUUUCAUAUUUAAUUGUUUCAUGUAAUAUAGUUGAUAAACUUCAAACUAGUUCUUCUGUAUUAGAUAAAAAUUUUUCUUUGUAG